AGACUCUAUUUAUAUUAGUUGCUUAGAGACGAGCGUGUGAGAUGAACGCGUUCCAAUUUUAAAUUAGUGCUCGGACCUAUUUUGAAACGUAAGUAAUUUUUCCGCCUUGUUCGAUUUUUAAAUUUGAAAUCGCAGGUAUCUACUUAUUUUAGUGCUCGGACCUAUUUUGAAACAUGAAGCAACUGUAUCUUCUUCUCCUUCUUGUAACUUCUGCGGUAAGUUACAAGAUCCUCUGCAUCCAUAUGGUUCCGUCGAAGAGUCACUUCCACUUGGUUAAUGGUGUGGUGCAACCCCUGCUCAAAGCUGGUCAUAAGAUCCUAUUCGCGACACCAUUCCCGGAGGCUGUGAAGAAACAUGAUAACAUCACGUUAUUGGAUUUGAGCAGUCACAAUGAAUUUUUAGAAAAAAUCGACAUGUCAGAUCCUAAUGUCGAUAUGGGAGUUGUCACAAAAUUUGCCAGGGAUUUGGCACUUGCCACAGUAAAAAAACCGGCGAUACAAGAGGUGCUGGUGAAAGAACAGUUGGAUGCCGUCGUGACUGAAUGGUUCCUUACAGAUAUUGACGCGGGCUACGCAGUGGUCCAACAAGUUCCAUGGAUUGUCCUGAGUGGAAAUGUCCUCAAUUAUCAUGUUGAACAACUCGUCGAUGCUGUGUGGUCACUCCCAAUUAUACCAAGUAUACACACGGAGUAUCCUAUUCCCAUGACAUUUUGGCAUCGCUUGAAGAGCACCAUGGUUUACGGCAUGAUGAUGAUAGAGGAGUGGAAGUCAUACCAAGUGUUCAAGUCGGAUUACGAAGAACUCUUUGGCCUCCUAGCGGCAGCCAGAGGAAUUUCAUUACCGCCAUUCGGGGAAAUUCACAGAAAUGUAUCUAUCCUGCUCUCGGACAGCCAUCCCUCUUUCUCAAUAGCUAGAAGUAUACCGCCUAAUGUCGUAGAAAUAGCUGGAUAUCACAUCGAUGCUAACAUACCAGAAUUACCUGAGGAUCUGAAACAAAUAUUGGAUGCUUCACCCCAAGGUGUCAUCUACUUCAGCAUGGGUUCCGUUCUGAGGGCAUCUGCCUUUAAAGGGAAUACCAAAAAAGAACUCAUCCAAGUCUUCGGAAGUCUGAAGCAAACCGUUUUAUGGAAGAUCGACGAGAAAAUUGAUGGUCUACCAAAGAAUGUUCAUGUGAGGCCAUGGAUGCCACAAUCUAGUAUACUUGCUCAUCCAAACGUUAAGGUCUUCAUCACCCAUGGUGGAUUAUUGAGCACAAUGGAGUCAAUACACUAUGGCAUUCCAAUAUUAGCGAUACCGGUGUUCGGCGACCAACCGCAUAACGCUGCUAGAAGCGUCGAAGCGGGGCAUGCAUUACGGGUGAAAUACUCACCGGAAAUGGCGCCGGCGGUAAAAGUUGCGUUGGAGGAAAUGCUUAGGAAUGACAGCUACUACAAGAAAGCCAAGGAAAUAUCGAAAUUAUUCAGAAAUCGUCCGAACAAGCCCUCAGAUUUAAUUACGCAUUAUAUAGAAAUGGCAAUCGAGACUAAAGGUGCCCUUCAUCUCCGAUCAGUUAUCAAGCAAUAUCAGUGGUACGAAUAUUUAAUGUUGGACCAAUUAUUGUUUAUAUGUAUUGUAUUGUACAUAAUAUAUAGUGUUAUUAGGAAAAUGUUUAGUGCAUCAAAAAUUAGUAAGAGGAAAUAUGACUAAAUUUAUGUUAAUUAUAGUUAAAAACUUUGUUAGUAAUAAUUAAAGCAACAUUUUAUUACGUUAUUUAUUCUAAAGAAAAUGAUGUCGUAGAAUUUGUUAUUUAUGUUUAUUUGUCAAGUGGCCUUUAAAAAUCAUACUUAAUUGAAAUACCAAUACUUUGUACUAGAUUUUCUAAUGGGAAAAUAUAUCACGUUUUGCAAUGCGUUCAUAUCUUUGUUUUCACUUUUUAUAUGAGAAACAACUUUGAAAAAUAAAAUAAAUUUAAACUCCAAAAAACAGGAACAAAGGAACAAUUUCGGCUACUCGUUCAAAAGAUUGGUGAAUUAAUAAGUAGCGGUCAUAUUAUAAUACAACUAUCUUAUUUAUUUAAAUUCUACUUGUCAGUCUUGUCUUGUCUCAUUGUCAGCUGAUAUUUUUACUCAGACUUACGUAACGAUAAACGCGUUUGUAUCCGACAGAAUGUAUAUAACUAGCAUAAAUAUGUAUUUGUUUAUAUUUUACUAUUAAAGUGUUGGAAAUUGA